CACAUCUGCGAUCACCGCCAUCGUCCGCCAUUGAAGACGGUGCUUCCGAUCCCUCCAAUUUGGCGGAGUAGCAGAAGGAAAAUGACGCUGUUUCACUUCUUCAACUGCGCAAUUCUGACGUUUGGCCCUCACGCCGUGUACUAUUCGGCUACCCCUCUAUCUGAGUAUGAUACACUUGGUACUUCAAUUAAAGCUGCUGUUGUUUAUCUUGUGACGGCAUUAGUAAAGCUUGUAUGCCUUGCAACUUUUCUUAAUGUAUCUGAGAGCGACAACUUUGAUCCGUAUCAGGAACUGUUGAAAGCUACAAUUGGGUUUAUAGAUGUCGCCGGGCUUUAUUUUGCCUUGACACAAUUAACUCACAGAAACAUUUCGCAAAAUCACAAGUUCCAAGCUGUAGGACUUGGUUGGGCUUUUGCCGACUCUGUUCUCCAUCGGCUGGCACCUCUGUGGGUCGGUGCACGAGGUUUGGAGUUCACUUGGGAGUACAUCUUACAGGGCCUUGAAGCAAAUGCAAGCCUGGUGCUGAGUAUAUCACUAGCGGCAUUAGGCUCCCUAAUGUGGCUCCGGAAAAACAAGCCCAAGACUUUAAUUCCUAUCAUUUACAUAUGUGCCGGGAUCGCAGCUACAAUGCCAUCAAUCACAAGUUACCUAAAACGGGGGCUUGGAUGGCAUUUUCCAAAGGUAGUAGGAUUUGAGCUCUUCACUUCUCUGGUAAUGGCUUUCAUUAGCUGGCAGCUAUUCGCCGCCUGCCAGAAACCAUCUGCUUAAGGGAUAGGAUGGAUCAUCGAGGAAACCAUGAAUUUCGGAGAGUUGGUUUUAGUCAUUGUUUUUAACUUCAAUGUUUCCAAUUAAAAUUGUAUCAAGGCUGGGCUUCAUGCAAUUUUGAAUUUGAAGGAGAUUUGAUUAUAGUUUGAAUGUGUUAACUUUAAAGUUAAACUAGUUAUAUGGUCAUUUUCAAUGUUUGGAAAUGGUUGAUAGAAGGCCAGUUAGGCUAAUAUUUUAAAUGAUUCCAUCAAAUUUAUUGUUUUUAUUUGGCAAGGUGUUAUGGAUUUUAAUUAUGAAAUAUUGAAUAGUUCGAAUCUAUUUAUGUA